CGCGCGAACGGCGGAGGCUCAGGAGAAGACCUGCUGGGGACGCGGCGGCAGUAGAGCGCGCGGACGGACGGACGGACGGACGAGAAGGCGGGGAGGGGGCACCGGAGACGAGCUCCUGUCUGUGGGUCACUGUCGCGCCUCCACAGUCCCGCGGGGGGAACAUGACCGAGAGCAUGGGAACAGCACCGGUGCGGGCGCGCGCACUGCAGGCGACCCGGAGCAGGAGCCACCUGCCAUGACGGGGGUGCGAAGACAUUGAGCCGUGCCGCUGCGAGACCGUGGGCUGGAUGCAGGGGAGAAGGUACUCUGCUGCAAGACUGCGCUGUAGCGCGAGCCCCAGCGUGAUGUUUUAUGGGUCCUCUGCCAGCAUGUCCCUACCCUCCAAAAGCAAGCUGAAGAGACAGAGCCGCACCUUCACGCAGGUGUUGUACCGCACCCUGAGCCACCGGGACCGGCGCUCGGUCACCGAGCUGCCGGAGCAGGUAGCCGAUGACCCGGCAGAGCUCUCCACCCAGACCUCGGCCCCCGGGGUGCUCAAAGUUUUCGGGGACGAGAUCUGCACGGGGGCCAACUACAAAAGCGUCCUGGCCACGCCCUGCUCCAGCGCCCGGGAGCUCGUGAAGGAGGCGUUGGAGCGCUACUCCCUCAACAAGGGCUCGGCUGACAAUUACGUGCUUUGCGACGUCAUCGGUAAGUUCGAGGGCCAGGAGAAGCGCUGGCGGACAGAGUGCCUGAGGGCCUUGGGCGACAGCGAGAAGCCUCUGCUGCUCCAGGAUCUGUGGAAGCCCAAAGAGGGCUUCUCCCGGCGCUUUGAAUUGCGCAGGAGGGCGGAGGUGGAGGAGAUGGCUGCCAAGGAGAAGGACACAGUAACUGCAGAUAUCAACGCCCAGGCCAGGAAGCUGCAACGGAACCGGGCAAAAGGAACCAUGACCUUGAACCCUGGGGCUUCCUUCUGCCGCAGCCUGAGCGAGACCAGCCUCAACCUGGUUGGCGACGCUGGGGAUGAGCCCAAGAGGUACUACUCUACCCUGCCUGGACCCAUAAGGGGGAGGAGCACCAGGGACGGGCUGCCCGCAGGACGACGGAAGGAGGAGAGAGAACCCGGAGGGGUCCGUCAUUCACUCUACCAGUCACCGCAUCUUCUUCUUCUCCAGGGGUACAACCGACAGGACUGCCUCGUAUACCUGCUGAACCGGGAUCAGCACACGGUAGGGCAGGAGACGGCGUCAGCGCGCCCCAACAUCUGCCUGUCUUCGCCAGACAUCCUGCCGCUUCACUGUAAGAUCAGGAAGGUGCAGGUGCUGCGGCGCUCCGGCCUGACGGAGGAGCGGCUCGUAGUGGAACCUGUGCCACACGCCAGUGUCCUGGUGAACUUCUCACGUGCAGAGCACAGCACCCCUCUGCGGCACGGAGACCUGCUGUCGUUCGGGGCACACUACGUCUUCCUGUACAAGGACCCCGUGAGUGCCAGACCCCUUCCUGCACAGACGCUGGCCCGCCUGCGCGCCCUUAACCAGCUAUACGAAGCGGAGGAUGGCGCGGGUGUUGCGGGCGGUGUCUGCCGGUCCUGCGGAGCACCCGUUGCGAAUGGCCCCCAGCCGAAGCGUAGCUUCAGGCCCCACCCCAGCAAAAACCGGACUUUGCAGAGGCGAAGGCUGCACCUGGACUUUGAGCAGGCCCACGAGGACGAAUUGAUAGGCCGAAUAAUGUGCCUCAUUGAGCCAGGUGGGGAUGACCACAAGCUGACCCCGGCCUACCUCCUGUGCCUGUGCAUCAAGCACUCAGCCACAGCUUUUGAGCCAGGGAGCUUUGGGAAACUCCUCCUAAAGAUUGUGAAAAGGAUACAGUCUAUAGCCUGGGAGAAGACAAAGGAACUGGCGCAGAAGCAAGCUCAGCACCAGGAUCCAACUUCUCUAUCUCUGCUCAACAUCUCAGAUCUGGUGCCUGAUCUGCAGGUCAUAAUCUUCUGGAUGUCCAAUGCCAUUGAGAUCCUCUACUUCAUCCAGCAGAAAUCGCCCACUUACAUGCAGGGUAUUGAGCAGCUGGAUUCUAAAGGUUCAAAGGAAUCCUUGCUCUCAGCAACAAUAUCAGCCAAUGAAGAGGCCAUGACAACUCUGGAGGAGGUGAUCAUGUACACAUUCCAGCAGUGCGUCUACUACAUUACCAAGUCUCUGUACGUUGCUCUGCCGGGGAUGCUGGACUGCAACCCCUUCCAAGGCGAGAACAAUGACGGAUGCUGGAGGAGAUCUGCACCUCCGGAGCCUGUGCGCAAGGUGCUGCAGGUCUUCCAGACCACCCAGGACCUGCUGCAUCAGUACGAAGUCCACCCUGAAAUUCAGUCCCAAAUGUUUGCCUACCUGUUUUUUUUCUCCAACGUCUCUCUCUUCAACCAACUGCUGGAUAAAGGUCUGGCGCGGGGCUGGUUCCAGCGCUCCCGAGUCAUCCAGAUCCAGGCCUGCCUGCGGAUGGUGCUGGACUGGGCGGGGAAGAUGGGCCUGACGCACCUGGCUGAUAAGUUCUUGGCCAAGUUUUGCAGCGCUGUUAGCAUCCUGGCCACGCCUCCCCAGCAGCUAAUGCAGUCUAGCUGGAAGUCGCUGUCGAUGGAGUACCCCACCCUAAAGCCUGUACAGCUGCACCGCAUCCUGUCCCAGUAUCAGCUGGCCAGUGGUACAGGCCCCGUGACCGCGUGGCAGCCCAGCGUCGAGGAGGAGACUCACAUCUACAGAACAGUGGACCUUCUGGAAAGCUUUGAGAACCACCCGCCUAUCGUGCUGCCCAGCAGUGGCUUCAAGGUGGACCUGGAGAGCGACGCCGUGGAUGAGAACGUCUACAGGCAGCUGCUCUACGUGCGCCACUUUCUGUGGGGCCUCAAGACCAAGUCCCCCUCCGCCAAUGGCAAUGGUGACUGGCAGGAGCUCCAGAGGGAUCCUCCACAGCCACACUGUAGCCCGAGGCCGGCAACCUCCCGUGGGGAUGGCGAUGCGGAUGGCGGGGGGUCGGUGGCGCCCGGGGCCGAGGAGCGCCUCUGUGAAAAGCUCCAGCAGGUGCAGAUGCAGACGCACCACAGCCUGAGGCGCAACGGCGGCCAGCGCCAGGGCAUGCAGCCGCUCGACUCCUCCUGCCUCCUGACGCCACCCAACACACCGCUGUACCCAGACAACGGGCUGCCGGAGCACGUGCAGGUCAACGGCGGCAGCAGAUCCCCACCCAACGGCUUCGUCGCCACUGGACUGGAAGUGGAACUGGACAAGGGACCCUUUGGACUGGGGAUGGGACUCAUCGAUGGACUGCACACCCCCCUCAAUUCCCCCGGCAUCUACAUCCGCACGCUGAUCCCGGAAGGUCCAGCAGCAUCUGACGGGCGGCUGCGCGUAGGAGACCGAAUCCUGGCUGUGAAUGGCACCAGCCUCAUCGGAGCUGACUACCAGAGCGCCGUGGACCUCAUCCGACUGGGCGGCGGGAGGCUGCGCUUCCUUCUGGCAAAGUCGGACCAGGAGGUCUCUGAAAAAAUCAGCGCCUCUUCCUGCUGAGCUGCAACACGGGCUCCCGUCUUCUCCAGGAACACGGCCAGACGUCACGUCUCACAAACUAACACUUCACUUGUGUUUGCUAGUAACUUUGAUGACCUCUAUAAAAUCCUUUUCCAAGUAUCCCUUGGACUUAAUUGCUCACCCUCAUGCUGUUAUGGGGAUAUUUACUUGCAAAAAGAAAACAGGUGCUGUGUAAAAAUGAAAUAUCCUCAUAUACACUGAUAAUUGCAUAUCAGCAGCAUUACAGUAAUAUCACAGUAAUAAAAUCUCAAAUGGUGGUUAAAGUCCUAACGGUAAAUUGGAAUACCAUCUGUGCAGUGGUAUUGGUAUGUAAGCAGUCGACACACUCAGGAAAUUAUUUCGUAUGAUUGUUUGGGACGAAGUGGGAGGUCAGUCUGUGUUUGUAACCAGCACAUUUAAUAAUGAAAUGCAGUGUUAGAGCAAAUCUAAGUUCACUGACUCCUAAUGAGUAACUGCUGGUGAAGAUCAAUGCUACUACUGAAAAUGAAGUGAAAAUGCUGCAAUACACACUUUGUAUCUUUGUUAGCAAGGGUAAAGCCCGCUAUGGGUGUUAAGCACAUUAAAGAUUUUACAUGGCGAUGUAGAUGUUCCGCGGUAACUUUUAUAAAUGACUUUCCAACUACAAAAUCUGCUGCUAAAGCACUUGGCACAUGCUGAUCCCUCUUCUUCCUGGCUGUGCUUCACCUCGUCUCAGCUGACAAAUAAAAAUCUAAUAGAUAAAGACUGAUUAAUAAACACAUUGACAGACUGACUGGCCCUUGCUCCAAAUUCACAGAAGCAGCUUCUUUUGUAUAAAGCUUCAGAAGCAGCAGAUGUUUGUUUCUUCUCUUGAGGUUCUAUCGGUAGCUUGUUUACGUUUGCUGUAUUGAAUGUAUUCCUUAUUCACCAUGCAGAGAUUUGAGGGAAAAAAAGAAAAUGUACACCC